AUGGGUGAACCGUACGUACCUUUAACAGAACUAAAAGUGACCAGACAGCAUAUAGAAAACUGCUCUUUUUCGAAAUGGUAUCCCAAUUUUCAAAAAUAUGUUCCCAAAUCAAGAAUUUUAAAACCAGUGCCACCUGAAUUCAUUCAGUAUCUGGAACAAGACGGUAUAAAACUGCCUCACGAUAGCAUAUCCAAGUCGUUUUAUGCUGGAGGCCUAGAACGCAACGAAGAAAAUGAAUACAGCGAUUGGGAAUCUGAUGAAGAAAGCAAUGAUGAAGAGGAAGAAACCUCUAACAAUAUUGAUCCUCUAGUAAAUUUUCCUGAAUUUCAUAGACAAAUUGAGAGUACGUUGAAUGAACUCGGUAUGGUCACACCAAAACUAAACUGGUCGGCUCCAAGAGAUGCAACCUGGAUAUUGCCAAAUAAUUCAAUGAAAUGCUACGAGGUAAAUGAAGUGUAUCUUCUACUAAACGCAUCAAAUUAUAUCAUGCAUGAUUUGCAACAUGCAUUCGACGAAUGUGAUGACGAAUAUGUGAGAAAGGAGAGACCCGAAUAUGAGUUGAUUCUAAGACAGUGGUUUGACGUCAAUCCAGCUCUUGAAUUUCGCGUGUUCGUCAAAGAUAAAACCGUUGUUGGGGCAAGCCAACGUGAUUUGAACUAUUACGACUAUUUAGAACCGCUGUCUGAUACAUUCAAAGAUUUGAUUGACAGCUUUGUUGAAGAUGUUUUCAUAGAAAAAUUCCCUGACUCUAAUUUUGUACUUGACCUAUACAUUCCAAGACCAUUUAACAAAGUAUUUCUGAUUGAUGUUAAUCCAUUUGCAAGAAAGACUGAUCCAUUACUGUUUUCAUGGAACGAAAUACUUACAAAGAAAUUUGAAGACUCUGAAGAUAAAGACUAUGAACUGCGUUUAGUUCUAGAGAAUAAUACAGCUAGAUUUGCAAGCAAAGAACAUUCUGAAAAUCAAGUUCCUAGAGAUGUUGUGGAUGCUACUACAGAUCCUAAUGCUAUAAGGGAAUUGAUUGGGAAAUGGAAAGAAUUACUCGAACAACAAGAAGAAGAUACCGAUAGCGACUGA